AUGACCAGAGGAAAGAAGACCAGAGGAAGCAAGGCCAGAGGAAACACAACCAGAGGAAACACAACCAGAGGAAACAAAACCAGAGGAAAUCAGACCAGGGGAAAUCAGACCAGGGGAAACCAGACCAUAGGGAACAAGGGGUCCAGGCAUGAUUCGAAGACCCCGUUGGACGAGAUCCACGUUUCAAGCGGAGGUUCGCCAGGUGCGUCCAACAAGAAGCAGGCCGUCGAUUCUCCUCCCCAGAUCGCCACUCCUCCCCGCUCCUCGGAACCUCCUUCUGUUCCUUCCGUAUUGGAAUUCUUGGUUAGAGGAGACCGCGAAAAGCGCAUCUCCUCGGACGAGCGAGCCAGAAGACGUCAGAUCCAGAACGACAUCGACUGGCUGGGCAAGUGGCUCCUAGAGUAUGCUUACCUCCAAAUAAAGAAGGAUCAGGGACUUUAUCCCGAAGGGCCGGUCGAGUUGGCGAAUGAUUUAUAUACCUCUAGUUUUUGGUGGCGCGAAGCCAUUCGUACUAUCUCCAAAGAGGACGUUAUGGAGCAGUUUCGUGUGCUCGAAAGGCAAUUACACGAAGCUCCCGAUAAGGUGUUUGUGCAAGCCAUGUUUGGUUGGACCAGCUACCAGAUGUGGAAGGAUGGUUGCAACAUUCAGCUCAUAAAGGGUCAGGCUGGGAUCUGGAGCCACGUGCAAGGCAUGGAUAUCGAGGAUGAGUAUUGGAAGAUGCUUCGACAGGGGCUCCGUGAGUAG